CAGUCGGAUCCCAAAGAGUGUCCCUCGGUGACACGGUGUUUCUUGUAAAUAUUUUAAGGAUAAUCAGGAUGUUUGACGUGUAAGAAAGUGACAUUAGGCCGGACUCGAAUGUCCGGCUUCGAAAGGUGCGAGCCACGAGGACUGUUAACGUGUACCUGGAUGAAUUUCGACGUUUUCAUACACCGAGGAAUUCUUGGGCACGCUCUUCUAUAUAUCGCCGUAACAAUAGUCGCCAAAUUUACUGCGCAUUUUGCAAAAUGUUGGAAGGACUCGUCGCCUGGGUACUUAACAAUUACCUCGGGAAAUACGUGGAGAAUCUGAACACGGAUCAGUUGAGCAUUGCGCUGCUGUCAGGAGAAGUUGAACUCGAAAAUCUACCACUGAAGCGUGAUGCAUUGAGGCACAUUGGCUUGCCCGUUGAAAUCAAGGCUGGAUUUAUUGGUAAGGUCCGACUGCAGAUACCGGUUCGUCAGAUUAGAACAGCAUCUUGGGUUAUCGUAAUCGAGCAACUUUAUUUAGUGGCAGGACCUAUAUGUCUUGACGAGUAUGAUCACGAAGCCGAAGAACAAGCGGUACAGGAAAACAAACUUAGUCGCUUGGAUGCACUUGAAGCUAGGUGGCGAGCUGAAGCAGAAAGAGACCCGGGUUAUUAUGCCACAAGCUACAGUUCCUGGUUAAACUAUGGUACCUCCUUAGUGACUAAUAUUAUCGAAAACCUGCAGCUCAAUAUCAAAGAUGUUCACUUCAGAUAUGAAGAUAAUGUGACUCAGUCCUCCAAAAAUGGUGAAGGCGUUGCGUUAGGUGUAACGAUAGGAGCAUUAUCGGCUCAAAGCUGCGAUGCUAGCUGGAUACCUGGAUCCACUUCGUGGAACCUCAACGAUGCCUCGUUCAAGCUCAUGGAGCUGGACAGGCUCUCUGUUUACUGGAAUCACUUGAAGCCCGAGCAAUUUUUUGGCAUCCUCAGCCUUGGAGAUCUAGCUAUUGCCAUGAGCGAAUCCAAAACCCGAAAAUGGAAGUAUAUAUUGCCUUCAGUGAAUGCCCGAGCUCAUAUCAAAAGGGAUCGCUCGGAAAAACCUUUGCGAUCCAUAAACAAACCAAGGAUCGUGUUAGAUUUGCUGCUGGACCAGGUGCCGUUGUCCAUCACCGAUGUGCAAUACAAAGAAAUAGUUAAAUGUAUACAGGAGUUAGAGGAUAUAGACCGCCAGAGGAGGCAAAGGCGAUGUCGACCUAUGCUAUCCGUAUCGGAGGACCCAAAAGCAUGGUGGAGGUAUGCCAUUCGGCUACAUUUAGGGAAGGAUGCCCUGAAACCUAAAGUAACGUGGGAAGACAUGCUUCGUCGCGGUAAAGAGAAUGUAGCGUACGUGGAGAUAUGCACUAAGAUGUUAGGAACCCCGACAACGAUCUUACCGACGGAAACAAAGCAAUUAAAAGACACGAUAGAGCUGGAGAGAAGCUUCGACGAGUUAAAGGUACUGCGAGAGAUUGCUCUAGCCAGGGUGAAACCUCCGAAGCAGCCACAGUCUCCGACGACAAGUGUUCCGCAGGCGAGGGGUAUGUUGGUCCAGUGGUUUCCCCAGUGGUGGGGUUGGUAUUCAAAAACCCCACAGAACAGCACCCAGACACCAUCCUCGACCUUUGACGGAGAACUCUUAGACGUUCUGGCUGACACAAUGGACGACGACACUCUUCUUCGUAGAGAUGCUAUAUUUGGUCAGUUCAACUUCACCCUCUCCAAUGGAGUGAUUUCUUUGUGCACUCCGGUUGAGAAUCCGGAAGGCUCGCAGAAGACCGUGAUGGAGCUACGGUUUGAAAGGGUACAAUUGACCUACGAGUCGAGGCCCAGGUCAGGCUCCCACAAGUUCUCGGUGAGCCUGGGUGCCCUCUACCUACACGACUACUACACGGAGAAGUCCACCUUUCCCAUUCUGGUGCAACCCCAGGUGGUAACAGGGCCUCUUCAAGGUAGACUACGAGGCUCUUCGGAGAAGCUGGUCAGCCAGGCUACGCAGCAAGCCCUGUUUGAGCUGGUCUACGAGAAGAGACCCCUCCACCUGGCUGCGGAGCACUCCCUACAGGUGCACUCCAGGUCGUUGGACGUGGUGUACAAUCCCCUAGCUAUGAAGUGGCUGAUGGACUUCCUCUGCGGGCCCCACAGGGACUCUUCAGACCGCAGGCUCCAAGCAAUGAAGAGGCGAACCAGGAGAAGGCUUAUCAGGAACUGGGAACAGAUUCUGGAGGGCGACUUCGUCUACAGAUCGUCCUGGGAUUUGAGACUCAAGAUAUCCGCCCCGCAGAUCCUCCUCGUCGAGAGAUUCACCGACGUGGACGCGGCGGUCGUCGUGGUCGACUUCGGUAGGCUCCGGCUUACUAAUAACCCGGAGACUGAGACGAUCACCUCGCAGCCGGGCUCUCCGGCUGAGAUCCCGCGUCCCCAGGAAGCAGAGAACGAGGAGGAGGAAGAGGACGAGGAUGACGAGAGGUACGAGACGCCCUGCUCGACGCCGCCCGGGAGCAAGGAGAACGGCUCUCUGCAAGAGGACCAUCCUCAGGGCAUCUCCGAGGCAGCUCUCCAUCAGCGACUCUACGACCGCUACUCGGUCGACCUGGCCGACUUGCAGGUCCUCGUCGGCAGAGUCAGAGACAGCUGGAAACACGCGCGCACCCGCGGCAUGUCGAACCUCCACGUCCUGGAGCGAUUCAACAUCUCCUUGGAGGUGGAGAGGAGGGUCGUCGCCACGACGGACCCGCAGUACCCCUCGGCGACGAUCUCGGGGAACCUGCCCAGGCUGGUGGUCCACGUGAACGAGCAAAAGGUCGAGGCCAUUCGCUCGAUGUGGGGCCUCCUCGUGGGAGUCCACGCGACCGAGGUCCCCAGGGGCGUCCCGGUUGAGCCGGAGAGCCCCAGGAAGGAGGAGGCCCCGGAGCGGAACCUGGCACACGUGGUGAUGGUCCAGUUUAUCGUCGACCGGAUGACAUUCGAACUCCAGUCCAGGGGAAGGAGCGUUGCCGAGCUCCAGGUCUCCGGGGUUAAGGCCGCGCUGAGCAAGCGGCCCGCCGACCUGGGCGCUUCCCUCUCGGUGCACGGGCUGCUGCUCGUCGACGCUCUCCAGGAGUUCGGGCCCGACUUCGAGCUCCUCGUCGCGAGCCACCGACACGUGGGGAUGGACAGCGUAUCCGGGAGCUUGUGGGACUCGGAGCCGACCUCGCCGACCUCUCCGGAGUCCCCGGGCUCGCCCGACCUCUCGCAGUCCAAGAGACCGACCUCUCCGGUCGCCCUGAGCCGUGCCCUGACCUCCUUGGUUCGUCGUGACCCCAGGAACCCGCUAACCGGGGCCGGCCUCGACCGGACCGACUCCGAGGCGCUCAUCGUCGUCGAGCUGGUCGCCGUCGACGAGCCCCUGGAGCGACUCAGGGUGGCCAGUAUCCAGUUCAACAACCUGGACAUCAUAGCCAACCAGGAGACCAUCGUCGAGAUCGUUGGCUUCCUCCGCAGGGUCUUCCCGUCCAGGAAGUCGCGCGUCAAGAGGGUCGUCGACCGCCAGGAGUCGGUCACCAGCUUGAACUCCGAGUUCCCGGGUCCUUCCACCAGGAUCGAGGUGUCCUUUGACUUCCACAGGCUGAACGUCCUGCUCCUCAGGGCGGUGGUCCAGGAGAGCGGCCUCGUCGGUCAGAAAAUAGCCACGGCGACGAUGUGUGACGCCAGGAUACAAGCCACCCUGGCUGCUGGAGUCUCGGUUUCCGGGUCUCUAGGGGGUCUUCAGGUACUGGACCAGACCCCCACGGGGAGGACACACCAGAGGAUCCUGAGUGUGGGUCGAGACCCGCUCGCGGACCCUAGGAACCAGCCUAUGGACCACUUCCCGGAGCUCUCGGAGCAGCCCGAAGCCUUCAGGUUCUCGGCGAGCCGCGGGUCCAGGGUGGAGAGGCACGGCAACGCGGAGACCACCCCCGCCGAGGUCGUCGUCAGGGUCGGGAGCGUUUGGUACACCCACGCGCCCCACCUCAUCUCCGAGCUCCGGUCCUGUGCCGACGAGUUCAAGCAGUACCUGAAGAACCUGGCGCGCCAGAUCGGGGCCGCGGCGACCGACAUGGCGAUAGGCCUGGUGCAAGCCGAAGACUGGUCGGCUCCACCUCGAAGAAGGCUUCCGAGUCUAUCCCUAGACGGAGGGGAGGCACCAGCGUUGGCUCUGAAGCUAGACGUUGUCCUGGACAGCCCCGUCCUGGUGGUCCCAAGAUCGGCGCACAGUUCCCAGGUCUUCGUGGCCCACCUAGGGACCAUGUCUCUGAGGCACGAGCCCCCGAAAGAGACCCCCGCCAAGCACGAGGUCACCCUGGAAGUCCGCGACAUGAACCUCUACUCCUUGGAAAUCGCCCGGAAGUCCGACAGGAGCUCGAAGGGGUUUCCACUACGUGCCGAAGAGGUCUACUCCUGCAAAGAGUCGGGCAAGCCCAUCCUCCACGAUACCCUCCUCAAGGUCGUCGUCCAGAGAGAGACGAUCACGCCGGAGCUGCAGAGCCCCGGGUUCCUCCUAGAGGCAGAGCAUCAGAGUGCCAGCCCGGUUUUUCAACUCCACGGGAUGGCGAUAACGCCCUUGAAGGUGUCCCUGACGAGAGGCCAGUACGAACAGGCCCUGGCCACGAUUCACGGACUCUUCUCCAGUUCGGCUAGCGGAGCCGCCGCUAAAGAGCACCAGGUGCAGGAUCAGCCGGCCGACCUGCGCAGGUUCGACCUCUCCGUCAAAGUUCUCUUCGAGCUGCCUUUCCUCGGGGUCGAGCUGAAGAGGGACCACCUGGAGCAACCGCUAGUGGAGCUGUCGAUGCGCGACUUCGCGGCCAGGUACGAGAAGCUCCAGAGACUGGAGUGGACCCUGCAGGUGUCCCUGAGGUCGCUGCUGAUGGAGGACCUACUCUGCCCGGUGGGGUCCAGACACCGGUGCAUGAUGCAGUCCUCGGCUCCGUCCAGGGCGCGCCUGCCGGCAGGGGUAUCCAGGUCCUGCCCCGACCUGGCGUUCGCCAGGAGGUGGAGGAGCGAGAUGGCCAGAGGGAGCCUCCCGGAUAGGCUGGAGACCGACACCCUCUACGGCGCGGUCCCCGACCAUUGGAGGAGGAAACCAGUGUCCUCGGCGGACACCCCGAACACCCCUCCACCCUCUCCUGGGGCGAUCACCAGCGAGGAGAACCUGGUGCUCAUCGAUAUCUGCACGACCUUGCCAGACCCCGGUUCCACCUCCGAGCAGGUCCUCAGAAAGAACAUUUGCGUGGACUUCAACUGUCUUGACCUGGUCGUCAGCGUGGAGUCUUGGAUGGUGGUCUUCGACUUCCUGGGGAUCGGCGAGCCUGGAGACCUCGUCCCACCUAGCCCCUCAGCUUCCAAGAUACCCGAAGGCGAGGCGCACGAGGUGGAUGGAUCCUCACAGAGGACAUCGAAGACCAUCCUGAAGUCCGAGGUGGAGCUCGAGGUGCGCUCCCUGACUCUGGUGCUCACCAGGGGCGAGCGCGAAGUCGCCCGGGCGAACGUCUCCGAUGCAACCAUGAGGAUCCUGACAGAUGCCCUGAAGAGCCAGGUCGCAGGUUCGCUGGGCUCGAUGUCGCUGCUGGAUCUGUCUCCUCAUGGCAGAUGUUACCGCGAAAGGUUCCUCAGCUCUGGCAGGAAGGCGUUGACCUUUCAGUACUCCAGCUACGCGACCCAUGGAGACUCCAGGAACCUGGACCGAGAAUACGACGCCAGACUCCGCAUCAGAAUGGCCGCAGUGCACUACGUGCACACGCAGAGGUUCGUCUCAGAGCUGCAGGCCUUCUUCGUGCACUUCGCGCAGCUGCAGACGGCGAUGACGAACCUGCGCGCAGGGGGUGAGGCCGACGAGAGCGGCAGGAGGAGCAGGAGGCUCUCCCUGGAGCUGCACGCAGGAGCACCCAUCAUCCUGAUCCCGGUUAGCUCCAGGUCGGAGGAGUUGGUGCUCCUGGAUCUGGGGGAGCUCACCGCGAACAACGUCUUCGAGUUCUCCAGCGUGGUCCAGGACUGCCUCCUAGACGUGACCGACGUCGAGCUGGUGAACAUGGACGUCUACACCGGGAGGAGGCUGAAGGCUGAUCAAGAUGGAGACCAGGACGAGGACACCCUAACCGUUUGCGGGUUCCGCGUGAAGAAGCUUGGCCCUUCCCUGUUGACGGAGAAGUGCCACCUAAAACUCCGGGUCGAGAGGAACCUGGACGUGCACCUGAGCAGGGCGAUCCCGGACAUCAGCGUCAGAGGGACCCUCUCCACCAUGGACUGCGCCCUGGACCCUGCGCAGUACACCCUGAUUCGAGGUCUCCUCGCCUACAACAUCGGGGAGAGCCUUGAAGACCUCCGCUCCUGGUUCACCCAGGAGCCUAGCGACCCCUCGGAGUACCCUAGAACGAUCGAAGGUGCCUCUACCAAGGUCUGGACCAAGUCCUGCGUCACCUUGGAGCUGGUCAACGUCACCCUGAAGCUUCACCCCAACCACCAGAUCGCCGCUCUGGCCUGCGUCAAUUUCAUCAAGUCCAGACUGACCUUGGACUCUCUGAGCGAUGGCUCCCAGGACGUGGACCUGGUCUCCAGGGAGAUCCUGGUCACCGACACCAGGUUCCAAGACGAGCCGGCCAACAGGCGGUCCAACGUUUUCACGAGAAUACUUCAGCCCCUGAAGGACGACGGCAGUGCAGAAGACCGGGUCCAGGCCGAGGUGCACCACAGGAGACGUCCUAUGAACUCGGCCACGACGGUCCUCUUGCACAGCAUGCGACUCACGGCGAUCCUGGACUGGUGGGAAGCCGUCAAGGACUUCCUUAUCCUGAACUCCCCGGAACCUGAAGCGGUCCCUGGACUCGUACAUCCUGGAGUUCUCCAGCCCACGAGGAGCGAGACCAGCGUGAAUUCUAACAACAGUCUACCUUUCGAGCUGAAGCUCAACAUCACCGACUCCGAGCUCGUCGUAGUCGAGGACACUUCCCUGAAGGACACCAACGCGGUGAUCCUGCGCUCCACCACGAUCCUCUCUUUCAGGUCGGCUCCGCAGGAGGGGGAGAAGCCGCUUUCCUGCAACCUGUCCCACUGCGAGCUCUUCUCUUGCAUCCUGGGCCUGGAGAACGAGACAGCACUGUCCAUCAUCGACCCUGUUGGAGCUAGCUUGGAGCUGACCAGAGAAAAGCUCCUGGAGGUCCAACUUCAGCCUCUCAGCGUGCGCCUUAGCUACCACGACGUGGCCAUGUUCUCCAGGAUGCUGAGCUCCCUGCCGAAGCAGACCCUCUGGGCGAAGCAGAGGUCUACCUUGGGACCCCCCGCGAACCAGAAGAGCCACAUCGUAAAGCUCUCCGCUUUAGGGUUCGCAGAGACCGAUUGCGAAGCUGCUCUUCACAGAUGCAAUGGACAGCUGGACGAUGCGGCCUUGUGGCUCACCCAGAAUGCGUUUCCAAGUGCAGAUGCAACCGGGGAGAGGGUCCUUGUUAGGGCGGUGGAGCUGGAGACGACCUGCCUCAAGGUCUGCGUGAUAGACGACUGCAGGGACGCCGACGUCCCUCUGCUCGAGAUCACUCUGACCGACCUGACCCUGAAGCAGGAGUGCGAGGGACCCGGCCAGGUCUCGGCCACCUUCGCCGUGGACUACUACAACAGGGUGCUGAGUGGGUGGGAACCUUUCGUCGAACCUUGGAGAGCCACCCUUGAUUGGAAGCAAACCCUCACCAGCUCCCUCACCCCGAAGAGGCUCCAGGUCAAGGUUGACUCCGACGACUCCGUCAAUGUCAACGUCACCUCGACCUUCGUCGAACUCGUUACCCUCGUCAAGCAUAACUGGACGCAGGAUUAUUACCUGUCCAGCAAGGACUCUACCUUGGGGAGGUCCCUGAAGAACGUGCUGAGCUAUCGCAGGAGGUCGCCCUUCGUCCCCUUCGCCUUGAAGAACGAGACCGGGUCCAAGAUCUGGUUCAAGACUCUCAUCGCCACUGCAGAUGAUGUCAAGGAGAUCGGGCAGGAUGUCAAGGUCAGGAGCUUGCCGAAGAGAGACAAGACCUGGGACGAGGUGCCUCCUGGGGGCACUUUUCCGUUCACCUUUGAAGAAAGGGGCAAGCUUCGCCAUUAUUCCACUCAUAUCGUCCGCAGACAUCAGGUUCUUGUCAUGGUUGAUGGCUGGAACCCCGUGGACCCGGUCACCGUUGAUAGGGUCGGGGUCUACUUCAGAUACGCCAACCCUGAAAUCAGGGGGACUCAGCUCCACAUGGCCAUCCCAAAGGCGAGGGUGGUCUUCGAGGUCGAGCUGGAGGGCUCCGCCAGGAAGCUCGUCACCGUUCGCUCCGCUCUUCGGGUCGUCAACAAAUUGGCUUAUCCUGUCGACGUCAAGCUGGAGAAGUCCCUCGACCAAUUCGGAGAUGUACCCGCAAACAUGUUCGCCAAGGGGAAGACUCUUCAGGUUAAAGCGCAGUCCGUCGUGUCGAUACCUGUAACCCACACUGGUGUUGAAAUGUACCUGAGACCUGUUCAUCCCAGUGAAUCCUAUCAGUAUUGUAUGGAGGCCAUUGAUUGGACCAUGGUGAAGAAGCCUUCGGAGGUCCUGGAGAUCCAGGCGACCUGCAGAACCAACCGGGACCGUUUAUUCAGGAUGUGCGUCGCCGUGCGGAGGGACAACUUUCCUCCGGAUGUCGGCCAGAUGAUUCCAGGACACACGAUAUCCUUGCUGGCACCGAUCACCGUGAACAAUCUUUUACCUCAUGAACUGUUGUACAACACAGGGGCAGAAAAUGGCAGGAUACUUCCAGGGGAAAGCGCUGAUCUGCUCACCCCGAAACUUGAAGAGCACCUGGAAAUCAUCGUCCAACUGGACGGCUAUUCCGGAGCUGGGACGAUAUUACUAGCGCAGUGCAUCAAUUCUUUCACCGGCAGAGUCCGAUUGACGGACUCUUCAGGAAGGAUAUUGUUCCUGCAAGCCGCAGUGGUAGUUGAAAAGGGUUCGGCGGUGAAAAUCAACAUCACCGCUCCAUACUGGAUCAUCAACAAGACGGGACUGCCCCUGGUCUUCAGGCAGGAAGGCGUAGGAACGGAAGCUGCAGGUCAAUUUGAAGAGCACGAAAAGGCCAGGAUGGUCGCUCCUUUGUUGUUCUCCUUCAGCGACGAAGAGGCCAGCAGAACUCUCGCCGUCAGGGUCGGAACUGGAGUUCAUCCCAAUGGAAUACCUCAGUGGAGUCAACAUUUCCACCUGCAAAUCGGGGUUCAAGUUCAUCGAUUGCGAGUCUCUUUACGGGAUGGCAGGCCGGAUAUCGUUUAUUUAAUCGGCGUAGUCACCAGGGCAGCAAGAGGAAGGUACCGAGCAACAACGGUGGUUACUUUAUCGCCGAGAUAUCAAUCACAUAAUCGCUCCUCCUAUACCCUGGAGCUGGCACAAAAAUGCUUCACCACCACGGUUAGUCACCCUGACGCACAGGCGACAUACAUCACAGCAAUGCCCGAUUGUCAUAUGCCCUUUCAUUGGCCAAGACUGGACAAGGACCAACUGCUCUGUGUUCGCAUCAUCGAUGUCGAAAAUUGCGCCUGGUCGGGUGGCAUCACCUUGGACGGGAAUUACUCUAUGACGAUUAAUGUCAGGGACAUUGCAGGGAAAAUGAAUUUCUUAAGGGUGGACGUAGUCCUGAAGGAGAGCACUUACUUCAUCGUCUUCUCCGAUGCUGACACUAUGCCUCCUCCGAUCAGGGUUGAUAAUUUCUCCGAAGUGCCUCUGGUUGUCAAUCAAAACAAUGUCCUGGACAGUUUGCAAUGGACCGUAAGACCUCACUCUUCCGUUCCUUAUGCACUCGAUGAACCGAUACAACCUGCAGCUUUGGUUUUAACUGCUCCGGGAGGUGUUACAGCAACUUAUGACUUAAAUAUCCUUGGCGAAAGUAGAGGCUUGACUUAUGAGAACUUCAUUUACAUUGCAUUUACUGGAACGUUCAAGACGGAUGGCGAUCUGGGUACCAGUGAAUGUAGUCUGGAUCCUUUGGACGUAGAAACUCAAAGACUCGUCUUGGAAGCUGGUCCCGGAGGAUGGGUAGCUCUUCGCAGGAAACAGUAUGGAGCUCGUUCCCAGCUCUGGAGGAUGACUGGAAAUGGACAGCUUCAGCACGAAGGUUCCAGUCCACCUCGAGACAAGCACAGCAAAGCUACGGACAAGGUCCUGGUCUUGGACAUAGCUGGAACAGCUCCGCAGCCUUUUACAUAUUGUCCUCUUGCAUUGCGAAGACCUGACCCUAGAAGACGAUCUACUCAGACCUGGAGGUUCACCGAUGAUGGAAGACUCUGCUGUGCGCACCAGAAUAUGUGCGUUCAGUCCAAAGAUGGAUUUAUGGGCUUACACGAAGGCGGCUGUGUCGCCCGGUGGCAAAUGUGGAGCGAAGCAGUUUUGGGACCCCAGACACAUUGCGAUCCACCUCCAAUAGACCAAAGAGUCGGUAGACAAAGACUGCGACCUGGAUCUGGCUUUUUAAAUGUUAGGGUAACGACUGACGGCCCCACGAGAGUCCUGCAGGUUUUAGACAUCAAGGAAAGGAAGAAGACCUUCGCCCUCCUGGAGGAGCGCGACUGGUCGCACAUCGCAGUGACCCAGAGGCCGACCCAGGAGCCUCUAGACCCUGAAAGCAAGGACUCCAGAGAACUACAAGUGCAAGUGAGCCUGGCUGCAGGUCUGGGUCUCUCCGUGGUCUCCAGGAGGCCAGCCGAGGAGCUGGUAUUCUCCAGAUUCGCUGGCAUCGCCCUGGAAUUUGUUCGGACCCCGGGCAACGUCGUCGUCGACCUCAGCAUCGCCGAUGUCCAGGUGGACAACCAGCUCUUCGAAGCCCAGUGUACGUCGGUGCUCUACAUAGCUCGUAACUCCCGCCCUGAGAACGAUUCCAGGCCAGCGGUCCACGUCGCCCUGGAGAAGCUGCCCUCGAAGAACCAGAACGCCGAGAUCUACAAACACCUCAUCGUCAGCCUGAAGCCACUCUGCGUACACCUUGAAGAGAGACUCAUCCUGAAACUGGCCGCCUUCGCCGGGGCAGGAAGGGCAGAACUCGACGUCCCCGUCGACGAGAACGACUUCAAGGCCCAGAGAUUCGUCUCCGAGGUCUCCGCUGCUCAUGCCAAGAGAUACUACUUCGGGACCCUGAAGCUUGUCCCAAAUCAGAUCAAACUCAGCGUACUUACGUCGACGAAGCUCCCUCCGGAGCUCCAGGGGAUCAAAAGAAAGCUGGGCCUCACUUUGAUCAAGUUCGAAGAUGCCACGAUAGACCUGGAGCCUUUCACCAAAAAGCACCCCUUCGAGAGCAGCCAGUUUCUCCUGCACUCCAUCGUCAAGCACUUCAAGGACGAGCUGAAAUGGCAGGCUGCGGUUAUCCUGGGCUCGGUGGACUUCCUGGGGAACCCUCUUGGCUUCGUCAACGACGUCUCCGAAGGCGUCUCUGGGCUGAUUUACGAGGGCAGCGUCAAGACCCUCGUGAAAAAUGUGACCCAUGGCCUCUCGAACUCUGCGGCGAAGAUGACGGAAUCACUGUCGGAUGGACUCGGUCGCGUUAUUAUGGACGAGAGACACGAAGAAGCUCGACAAAAGAUUCGCGCGAAUACAGUCGCCAGUUCCGACCAUUUGGUCGCUGGUCUUAAGGGUCUGGGCUUUGGACUUCUUGGCGGCGUCACGAGCAUCUUCACCCAGACCUACGACGGCGCGGCCAACGAGGGCUUCCCUGGUUUCUUUACCGGGUUCAGUAAAGGAGUAGUCGGGACCAUAACGAAGCCGGUCGUGGGAUUUUUGGACCUCGCCAGCGAAACGGCAACUGCCCUUCGAGAGACCAGCAGAAGCGCACACCGGGCGAUUCCAAAACGCGACAGGCCGCCGAGGGUGGCCAGUGGUCCGGCAGGUUUACUGCCUCCAAAUAAUCAGCAGCAAGCCGAAGGCCAGGAGUUCUUGUACAGCAUAAAUAACCGCGACUACUCGGAGCUCUUCGUGGCCUACGAGUUCCUGAGGAGCGGGACCGAGGACCUGCGGGUCCUCGUCUCGAACGAGAGGGUGCGAGUCAUCUCGGGCGGUACCAGGGCCGUCGUCACCGAGGUCAGUUUGGCCGACCUCUUGCACUGCCAGCCUACUCACAAGGUGGAGAGCAAUGGGACGACCUUACAUUACAUCGAGCUGACCUCGAGGACGACGGACUCCGGCCAGGUCGCCUACUUAGACGGCUCGGAACGCCUGAGGAAACCUCUGGUCAGGUGCGACAGCGAGGGCGUCGCUAAGUGGGUUUCCCAACAAAUCAACUAUGCCAAAGGGAUGCACGAGGAACGCAGCAUGACACUGACGUCCUCGGACAACAUUUUGGAUGAUAUCCAUUGCUACAAAUAAUCUAGUUAGAAAUCAUUUCUCGUCGGCUGGAGCUUUAUUUUUCCAUUUAUUCCGAAGUCUCGAGGAGUCGUUCUCUAAAGACGGAGGAAUCGCGCAGAAUUGCCAAUUUCUUUUCUUUUUUUUUUUUUUUCUUUCUUUCAGUCGACUCGAAGCAAAUAGAAGUCAUCGAGAUAUCAUCAAGCGAAAUCGCGCAUAAUACUAACGGAGGAAAGACUGAUGCACAAAAUGAGUGCGACAAGUUGUACGUAAUCUAAGCUCCGAUUUCGAAGAAAACCGUCGAGGUUGCAUUUAAGUUUCAAAAAGCGCACUUUUUUGCCCGCCACGUUGAGUCGGGUAAAUUAAUUUAUUGAUUAUCGGGAAUGAUAAGGGUCGUUGAUAAUAUCAGUUAAGGGGACAGAUUGGUUGGAGGGGGGAAUUUAAAAAGACUUCUUAUUGGAAUUUAGGAAGGCAGGAAUUUUUAUUUAUUCCUCUCAAUUAAUUCCAUUGUACGAAUCUUACUCAAGAAACUGUGAAAGGGAAACCGUUUUCUUGAAUUAAAGAGGUCCUUUAAAGAAAUGUAUAAGAAUUAGAGGAUUAAUGGAAUGCAAUCAUACUGUCAAUGGUCAAUUUAUAAGACCCGGUAAUGUUUCUUUCUAAUUAGUUACACCUCAGAAUUUCUCAAAAGUGAAAAGAGGUCCUUUGAAAAAAGGUUUACAAUUAAAAGAGGUCCUUGAAGGGAAGGUUCCAAGGAUUAGAGAAUUAUUUCAGUGUUAUCGUACCAUUAAUGGUCAAUUUGCAGGAUCAAGAAAACUUCGAUCAGGAUAGCUAGUCGCGGGAAAUAAUUUUCUUAAAUUGAAAAGAGAGGUUCUUUGAUAACGGAUUACACUUGAGAGAGGCUCUUUAAAUAGUGAUUAUAAUUGUAAUUGGCUCUCGAAGAUGAGCAUGAGGGUUAGGGAUUUAUUUCAAUGCAAUCGUAGUAUCAGUACGGGUACGGUUAGUUUACGGGAUUUGGUGAAAUACUUUCAAGACAUCCAGCCAUAAAAGAGAACGAAUCACAGUCGAAGCUUGUAAAUACGCGCGAAGGAGAUAUAUCAUAUUUAUUUUUAAAUAACGAUAACUUCAACGCUACACAUCUCGGAUUCCAUCAUAUUUCAUUAUUAGCUUGUAAGAAGUCUCUUCGCUUGUACAGAACGUUUCGUACGUCGAUUCGUCUUUUUGCUCUCAUGCAUCUUUUUAAUACCACGAUCAAACGAGAGAGGUGUUCAUCAGUUUUGCGAAAUCCUCUCUGUCGGCUUUAAAAUCGAUAAUCGGAGGGCAGAGUUAAUCGUUUACGGCUAAGAGUAGACUUAGACACUUGUAAACAAUGUAACAUAUAUUAACUGAAAUAACAGUUUCGUUAAAGUGGGCCAAUAACAAUGAUCAAUAUAGUCACGAUUUUUUAUCAGCCCAAUUCUGCUUUUCUUUUUCUUUUUUUUGUUACGGAAUUUCGUUAUGUAUGUAUGUAGAUGAAUUUAUUUAAUAGCAAUUUAUGGAUAAUAAACAAGCAAAUGGUGGAUAAAGAAAUCUA